AUGAUGGGGGUCUACUGUUACAUAUUACUACUCAUUAGCCUGGCAACUGAGGCUCUUGCAAACACAGAGUCCUUUAACCUCUAUAUACCCAGUGAUUUCCCACUACGGGCUGAUAAUAAGGGACCUGGAAUCUCUCACGGGUUUCCCUCUAUUUCACUACAUAAAGUCAACCAUAGGCUUGAGACAUUCAAUGUGCCACUAGAUGAGAUGUUCUAUGUACAGGUAGACGGCCUGAGGCAUAACGAGAACUACCACAUACGGGUUUGUUGGACUGCGGCGGACCCUCUGGACAUUAAGAACUUAGGAUAUCUCAUAGUACCUCAUCACUCGGAGUUUAUGGGCACCGAGGCAGAGGACGCCCGGAUCUUUUUGCAUUUCCUAGCCUCCCCUGCCUCGGAGCCUCCCAUGAAGGCCGCGAUGAUACCGGUCAACGUGUCUGUAGUGAAUACGAAGCUGGGAAUUCCGGUGGACCUAUACUCGCUGCUCGUCUACAUUUUCGUCAUAAUGGGUGGCGUGAUGAUUGCAGUACGGCACUUCGAUCCUUAUCGCAUGUUGAAGGAAGCGUGCUGA